GCCGUCCCUUGAGCGGCCAUCUUGGAAGCUGAGCGGCGGUAGCAGCGGAGGGGCUGCGGCGGGUGCGGUGGGCUUAGUCCCAGCGCGGGUGCGGCUCACGGCGCGGGCCCCACUCUUCCGUACCCUGCUCUGGCCUCGACCACGGCGAACCUGAACGCGGCAGCGGCCUCAGGGAGAGGUGAGCGCUCGCGGGCUGCGCGGGGCCUUGGGCCGCUCGUUCGCCCCGCCGGAGCCGGCUGCAGCGGCGGGCGGGGACUCGGGGACUCCACACGUCGGGUCCCGUUCGUUACGUCGCCGGCUGUGCCCGGACCCGGAGCGUCCCUGCGCGGACCCGAGGUGCUGGGCAAGUUGAGCUCUCUGGCCCACAUGGCUUCUGAAGCUAAGAACUUGGGGACAAUGCUUUCUGGAAGCAUUUCUUGGCCAUGCUGGACUGUAACCUUGUUCCUGGUGUGAGCAUUCUUGGAUGCAUCAGGCAAAAGCCCUUGAUUCUGCCAGAAAGAUGAGCAAUACCAGCAAUAAGAGAGCUCCAACAACAGCAACACAAAGGUUGAAACAGGACUACCUUCGAAUUAAGAAAGACCCAGUGCCUUACAUCUGUGCGGAGCCCCUCCCUUCAAAUAUUCUUGAAUGGCAUUAUGUUGUCCGAGGCCCUGAGAUGACUCCUUAUGAAGGUGGCUAUUAUCAUGGAAAACUAAUUUUUCCCAGAGAAUUUCCAUUUAAGCCUCCUAGUAUUUACAUGAUAACCCCCAAUGGAAGAUUUAAGUGCAACACAAGGCUGUGUCUCUCCAUCACAGAUUUCCACCCAGAUACAUGGAAUCCAGCGUGGUCCGUUUCCACCAUUCUAACAGGGCUCCUGAGCUUUAUGGUGGAGAAAGGCCCCACCCUGGGGAGCAUAGAGACAUCGGACUUCACGAAAAAACAGCUGGCAGCACAGAGUCUAGUGUUUAAUUUAAAAGAUAAAGUCUUUUGUGAAUUAUUUCCUGAAGUUGUGGAGGAAAUUAAACAGAAACAGAAAGCACAAGAUGAACUAAGUAACAGGCCCCAGAAUCUUCCUUUGCCAGACGUCGUUCCUGAUGGGGAGAUGCACCGUGGCCAGAAUGGGAUCCAGCUCCUCAAUGGGCAUGCACCUGCUGCUGGCCCAAACCUUGCUGGGCUCCCACAGGCCAACAGGCAUCACGGACUCCUGGGCGGCGCUUUGGCGAACUUGUUUGUUAUAGUUGGGUUUGCGGCCUUUGCCUACACAGUCAAGUAUGUGCUGAGAAGCAUAGCACAGGAGUGAGGUUCACAAGCCACAACCUACAGUUGCUGCUGAGGGACACAGGGGCCAGAGCUUGAUGCAGGCGUGACGGACAUGCUGCUGAGCACAGGGUGGCCUGCCGGACUCCUGGGCUUCACUUUUUAAAAACCUUAAAAAGAAAGCAAAAACCAAAAUGUGAUCUGGAGAUUGGAGGUUCUUGACUCCCUCUUGAGGUUGACAUGGACAGUGCCACUCACGCUUUGGUUUUAUUGCUUAUCUCCUGUGUUGUCUUUUGAACCUGUUUAGUAAACCUGUUUUGUUUGUUUUGUUUUGUUUUUCAUUUUAUUAGAUUUGGUCACUUAAAAAUAUAAAACUUUAAUGCCUA